AAUCAAAAGUUUUUGACAAAACACGACAGAAAGGAAAAAAUCGCGAUCUGAAAGACGAAGUUUUUCUUCUGCCGGAAUCAGCGUUUUAUUUCUAUUUGUACGUCGAAAUCCUUCUCAUAUUGAGUAAUCAUCAUCAUGGGCGAUUCCGAACUGGCCCGCAAGAACUGGGAGCUGGAGAACAACAUCGAGACGCUGCCGUCGAGCGACGAAAUCUUUCGUUACGAUGCCGAACAGCAGCAGCGCAUCCUGGCGGCUCGGCCCUGGGAGAAGGAUCCGCACUUUUUCAAGGACAUCAAAAUUUCCGCCCUGGCUCUGCUGAAGAUGGUGAUGCACGCUCGCUCCGGAGGGGCCCUCGAAAUAAUGGGACUACUGCUAGGUAAGGUCGAGGAGGACACCAUGGUCGUGAUGGACGCCUUUGCGCUGCCGGUCGAGGGCACCGAAACUCGGGUCAAUGCCCAGUCGCAAGCCUACGAGUACAUGACGGCCUACAUGGAGGCGGGCAAGGAAGUGGGACGCUGCGAGAACGCCAUCGGGUGGUACCACAGCCAUCCGGGCUACGGCUGCUGGCUGUCGGGAAUCGACGUCAACACUCAGAUGCUCAAUCAGAACUACCAGGAACCGUUCGUGGCGAUCGUGGUUGAUCCGGUUAGAACCGUUUCCGCAGGAAAAGUUUGUCUGGGAGCGUUCCGGACCUAUCCAAAAGGAUAUAAACCACCGAACGAGGAACCAUCCGAGUACCAGACCAUCCCGUUGAACAAAAUCGAAGAUUUUGGUGUACACUGCAAGCAGUACUAUCAGCUGGAAGUAUCCUACUUCAAGUCGGCUUUGGAUCGCAAACUGCUGGACUCCUUGUGGAACAAGUACUGGGUGAAUACGCUGGGCAGCUCGGGUCUGCUGAGUAACGCCGAUUACACGACCGGACAGAUCCUUGAUCUAUCGGAGAAGUUGGAACUGAGCGAGGCCAGCCUGGGACGUGGUCCGUUUGUAGUGAGUGGAACGGAUCCAAACGAGAAGCGCACGGAAGAUAAGCUCUCGAAGGCUACCCGGGACUGCAGCCGUGCUUCUAUAGAACUGAUUCACGGAUUGAUGGCACAGAUUGCGAAGGAUAAGCUGUUUAACACAAUCAACGUGAAGGCCGCCAACUGAGCUGGUCGCUUAUUCGAUAUACACAUCAACAUUACUCGUACAGCAGGUAAACGAAGUUAAUUCAAUAAAUCUGAUAACAUA